ACCCAAUACAUAAUGAAGUUUUGCAGGAUGCAUGCAUUGAUUAUUAUAGGCGAAGCCAAAGUGUGAUUAUUGAUAAGUUUCUGUUUGAGUCACUCGAGUGAUGGUUGUGUCGGUGCUAUCUUCUCUGAGAUGCAGCAAACGCUAGAACAGUCAAGAGUAUAUGAUUUUAGUUGUGUGUGCAGGUCGAGCAAUAGAUCAGCCCAUCUCACCAAUCAUUCUAUUUUCUUAACUCUGGUAUGCAAGUUGAACGAGCGAUGGCCCCUGAUCCUGACCAGUGCCCAACUGCCCAUCACUUUGGUGAAGUAAAGUGGAAAAAACAACGGGAUUACUGUAACACAAUAAAUUCGCCAUUGCCAUUAUCUCUUCACCUUCUGGCCCUCAUACUGGAGACCGGGCUUCCGCUCCAGGUCCCUUCUCAAACUCCAUUCUACGGUCGAGUUCAAACCACCACCACCCUUCUCCACGCCACCACAUACUCCAUUUCACGCCUUUAAGCUCUCAAUUAUUUGCAGACUCGUGAACCACAUGAAUUCACCUCUUUCCCUCUCUUUCUCCAUCAACAUUGUCUUCUUAUUAAUGGGCAAGUCACCGACAGCAGAGAUCACAGUGUGACCUGCAGAUUCCUUGCAGAGCAGAGAGAUAGCUCGAUCGUCAAUGGCGACUUCCUUGCAUUCCACGGAUCCACGGAAAUGGAUUCUCUCACUCAUCACCCUCACAUGCAUUCUCGGCGCUUCCCUUUUCAUCGAUCCUCCUGCAAUCGGUACUCAGAUUCUUGGGAAGCUGAACCGGGUUGUACCCGACGGUUUGACCGGGUGGUCGGUCCUGACCAGUCCGAAUUGGAAAAUCCAACCCCUCGCGGUCAACUUAUCGUCGUGUCUCCCGGCAAUCGGGCGACCCGGGAAGCUAGUCAACUGCUGCCCGCCCCGAACCAUGCUGGACGACCCGGUAUCCGACUUCGAGUUCCCCGACCCGGAUACAACCCCGAUUCGGGUCCGCCGCUUCGCCCACCGGCUCGACGACGACUACAUCGCCAAGUACGAGAAGGCGCUUUCCAUCAUGAAAUCUCUGCCGCACUCCGACCCGAGAAGUUUCACCCGGCAGGUCGAAAUCCACUGCCAGUACUGUACCGGGUCGUUUCUCCAGCAGGGCUCCAAUUUCCCUGUUCGGGUCCACAGGAACUGGCUAUUCUUCCCCUGGCACCGGAUGUUCCUCUACUUCCACGAGAGGAUCCUCGGGAGCCUGAUCGGCGACGAGACCUUCGCGCUGCCGUUUUGGGGUUGGGAUUCGCCCGACGGGAUGACCCUGCCGGAGCUCUACUUAAACGGGUCGUUCAACGACCACCGCCGCGACCCGACUCAUUACCCGCCCGCCGUGGUGGAUCUGAACUUCAAGAAGCUGGAUCCAACCAGAUCUACGCCGGAGGAGCAGAUCCGGCUCAAUUUGGCGCUGAUGUACAACCACAUGGUCUCCGGCGCCAAGACGGCGGAGCUCUUCUUGGGCUGCCCUUACAAGACAGGGGAAUACGAGGAAUGCCCAGGGACGAUUGAGCGGGCGCCGCACAACCCGCUCCACAUCUGGCUCGGGUCGCCGGACAUCGUCGGAAGGGAAGACAUGGGCGCCUUCUACGUCGCGGCGAGAGAUCCGAUCUUCUAUGCCCACCACUCCAACGGCGACCGCCUCUGGGGAUUGUGGAGCGAGACCCACAAGGGUUUCGACGACCCGGCGUUCCUGAAUUCCUACACCUACUUCUACGACGAGACGCUCCGGCUGGUUCGGAUCCGAUUCAGCGACGUGAUGGAGAUGGACAAGCUCCGUUACCGGUACGAGGAAGUUGAGAACAAGUGGCUCGCUGCCCGGCCGGAGCCCUCGGUCUCGCCGCAGCUCGCCCGGCGAGAAAUCAGGAAGAGGGAGGGGAACAUUGUUCUUGACUUGCCCAGCAGCCGCUUCGGGCCGACCAGUCGGGUUCUCGAUUCGACCAUAACGAUACCGAUAGAUCGACCGAGAGAGGUUUGUUAUAGGAAUCGAAGGAAUGGAAAAGAACGGGAAGAGAUCUUGGUCGUAGAAGGAAUUGACGUGAAAGCAAACGAUUACGUGAAGUUUGAUGUUUACAUCAACGUUGUGAAUAGUACGAUUUUAAGUCCAAUUUAUAGGGAAUUCGUCGGAACAUUCGUCGACAUUCCAGGAGGCACGUCGUCGUCGAAGAAAAAGACUACGUUGCAACUUGGUAUAUCGGAGGCAUUGGAAGAUUUAGAAGCGGAUCAGGAUAGGACAAUUUGGGUGACGUUGGUGCCUAGGACUGAAAGUUGCAAUCAGGUAACAGUUGAUGGUUUGAAGAUCAACUAUACGGAGAUAUGAAGGAGGUUUCACUAGUGAUGUGAUUAUUGAAAGGUUUAAUUAAUUAAUUUGAAUAAUUUCCUUUUACGGUACGAGUUUGCCGAAAUGUGGGAAUUUUUACCGUUGGGCUUUCCUUAGCUGAUCGAAUGAAGAAGCAGACGACGAAAUUAAAUGGAAGUGUUGAUUUGGUUUGGUUUGGUUUGGGCUGGGCUUUUUUCUGUUAGCCUACUUGCAAUCUUAAUCCAAUAAGGAAAAUAGAUUCAUAGGAGAGAGGCCCAACUGUGUUUUUUUUUUUUUUGGUGAGGAACAGGGUGGAAGGGGCACCCCUAACCCUUAUUCAUUAAUAAAACGAGGGGUUUGGAUUCCAAUGGC